AUGUCGGUUAUUGAGAAGACGUAUACUCUGCCACCAGCACCAACUGGUUACGUGGAGCGCAGCACCGACAUUGAAGACUACAUCAGGGAGCACUAUGGGCCAGCCUUUCGCGUCAGUAUUACACUGAGCCAAGAUCGUUGGAAAAUCACUACAGACAUCGACCUGGACCAGGCAAUUAAGAUCAAGGAGUGA